AUCCGGAAGGCACUGAUACCGACGGCAACAGUCUCCAAUCCGGGAGAUCGUAGCCUGAGCCUCUGCGGCGCGCUUGUAUCGACCAUGCCGCAGACUCCAGAUUCGUUGCCGAAUGCUUCGACUUGGUUAUCAAUCUGCUCCGCAAGACUCACAUUGGACGACUCCAUAAUGGAAUCGGGUGACUCUCCACCGUAGAGAUCGAGCGUGUAUCGAGCGACGACGUGUGCCACGUGCAUGCAAUGCCGUGGCGUGCUUGUCUAACGGCCAGCUUCUGGCGCCGGGUGUGGAGCGCUAUCUGCUGGCCUAUGUCAGCCGCUGAAGCAAGAGCUAUACAGGACUCCUCCCAUAUCAGUGGCGAGGAUGCAAGCAUCGGCAAUCAGAUGCGACCUGCGGGACAACACACCCAAAACGUGGUGAGCUUCAGGCGCCUAUACCUCACCAAGUACCGCCGUCGCCGUCACCCCGAAGUGACCGCUUGUAGCGACGGUACCACCGCAUUCUUCUGCCGUCAGCAUUCUAGAUGGGCUGACAACCGCGUAAAAUGGAUACAGAGCGAAGUUCCCGGCGGUCUCCGCUAGCUGUCUCUAGGAGGAUGCGUUCGUUGGCCGUCAUCUGCAAAUGUCUUACGUUCCGUCAGUAUUGCAAUGCCAACAUUAUGCGAUAUAUCUCAAUUGGUUCUGCGACGAGGCG